AUGUCACAAUAUCAGUUUGACUCCGAUUGGUCUACUCUUGAGGGGUGGAGGGACAGCAACGAUACCUUGCUCGAAGAAUCUCAGACUCGGCCCAAUGUCGUCGCUGAUCCGGCUCGCAUGUCCAUAUGCCAUGACAGAAGCUCGCAAGGAUUGGAUUCGUUGUUGUUCAGUUCUACUCCUCAAUCAUUCCCAGCAUCGAUGUAUGCUGGCUAUACCGUGCCCUCUGCUGUUUCCCAAGCUGACUCGGCGAAUUUGGGAUGCCUCGCCAUGGACACGCUUCCGACUUACACUUCCAACUUUGAGGGCCGGACAGCUGCCUUCUGGUCGGGCCAUGUCAAUUACCAUGCUCCAAUCCAGUCACCUCCAGUCUCUUCUGGCAUCGGCCCGCUUGUUCAAGGACCACAUGUUCCAUCAGCAGGUGUAAACGCGGCCUCCGAUGACCGAUACUUUGGCCGUCGACCCUCUGAUACGGUUAAUGCGGCCCAUGACCCAGCUGCCAUCAGAUGCCAAUGGAAGGGCUGCCCGUACGCUGGUGUCUUUUCUCGCAAAGCCGAGCUAGAGCGACAUGUCAAGACACAGCACAUCUUUCCCAAUCUUUCGAGUGUCCUACGGUGGACUGCGGAAGGCUGUUCAACCGAGAAGACAAUAUGA